UGGCGGCGGGGGCGGAGGAGGUCUCGAUGACAGUGAUAGAGCCGGUGGAGGUGUAGAGGCAUUGUCAAGAGAUGAAGGUAGCCAAAUGAGUGUCACAGAUGGCGUUCUUCCUUCUCUCGGUGUAACUGCUCGUAGCUGUCGCAGAAUAAAACUACGUCGUUUCAUUAUCUCCCCUUUUGACCCCCGUUACAGAUGUUGGGAGGCAUUUUUGAUUUUACUGGUUCUCUAUACAGCAUGGGUGUGCCCUUUUGAAUUUGGGUUUCUUUUAAAACCAUCAACGCCGCUGGCUAUACUUGAUAACAUUGUUAAUGGGAUUUUCGCCAUUGACAUCAGUUUGACCUUCUUUGUUGCGUACCUUGAUAAAGCUUCUUAUCUUCUCAUUGAUAACCCAAAGCUGAUUGCUUGGAGAUACACAAGAACCUGGUUGGCUUUUGAUGUUAUUUCUUCAAUCCCUUAUGAAGCCACUACAAAAAUAUUGCCUUCUCCACUUCAGUCCUAUGGAUACUUCAAUAUACUUCGUCUCUGGCGUCUCCGAAGAGUCAGUAAACUUUUUGCCAGAUUGGAGAAAGAUAAGAACUAUAAUUAUGUUCGGGUUCGAUAUGUAAAGCUAUCAUGUGUGACUCUCUUUGUAGUUCAUUGUGCUGCGUGCUUCUUCUAUUUUCUUGCUGAGAAUUAUCCAGAGCCAGAACGCACAUGGAUUGGGCAAACUUUAGGAAACUUUAAGCAAAGGAGCUUGUGGGUCAAGUAUGUUACGUCAAUUUACUGGUCUAUAACCACGUUUACAACUACUGGUUAUGGUGAUAUCCAUCCUGCGAAUACAAGGGAAAGGCUGUUUGACAUAUUCUACAUGUUCCUUAAUCUUGGCCUCUUAUCAUAUUUACUUGGCAACAUGAACAACCUCGUUAUCCAUGGGACCAGUCGCACAAGAAAAUUCAGGGACACAAUCCAAGCUGCUUCGAGUUUUGCUAGAAGGAACCAGCUACCUGUUCGGCUGCAAGAUCAGAUGCUAGCUCAUUUGUGUUUGAGGUACAGAACUGAUUCAGAAGGGCUGCACCAGCAAGAGACCAUUGAAUCCCUUCCUAAAGCCAUUCAAUCAAGCAUUUCACACUUUCUCUUUUAUUCACUGGUUGAUCAGGUUUACUUGUUCCGUGGAGUCUCACACGACUUACUUUUCCAACUGGUAUCUGAGAUGAAAGCCGAGUAUUUUCCUCCCAAAGAAGAUGUAAUUUUGCAGAAUGAAGCACCCACUGACUUCUAUAUAUUGGUCACUGGUGCUGCAGAUCUCAUAACGCUAAAGGGCGGAUUAGAACAGGUUGUUGCAGAGGCAAAACCUGGAGAUGUUGUUGGUGAGGUUGGUGUGUUGUGUUAUAAGCCACAAUUAUUCACAGUCCGGACCAAACGAUUGAGCCAGCUGCUUCGUCUGAACCGUACUGCUUUUCUAAAUCUUCUACGGGCAAAUGUUGGAGAUGGAACAAUAAUCAUGAACAAUCUUCUUCAGCACUUGAAGGAUUCGGGGGAUCCAAUGAUGGAAUCAAUAUUGACAGAUACGGAGCAAAAGUUGGCUCAGGGAAGAAUGGAUCUGCCUCUUGGUCUAUGCUUUGCUGCAGUUAGAGGAGAUGAUCUAUUGUUACAACAGUUGCUGAGAAGAGGUUCAGACCCAAAUGAAAUGGAUAACAGUGGAAGAACAGCAUUGCACAUUGCAGCAUCUAAAGGAUAUGAGCAUUGUGUGGUGUUUCUUCUUGAAUAUGGAGCAGAUCCUAACAUUAAAGAUUCAGAAGGAAGUGUUCCUCUAUGGGAAGCCAUAUCGGGGAAGCAUGAAUCUGUGGUUAAAAUUCUUGCAGAAAAUGGGGCAUUGCUAUCUUCUGGAGAUGUUAGUCAGUUUGCUUGCACUGCAAUUGAGCAGAACAAUUUGGAUUUACUUAAGGACAUUGUUCAUCAUGGAGGAGAUUUAACAAGGCCCACUAGCAGUGAAACAACUCUACUUCAUAAAGCAAUCAGUGAAGGAAAUGUUGAAAUAGUUAAGUUUCUCAUAGAUCAAGGAGCUGAAAUCGACAAGCCAGAUACCCAUGGCUGGACUCCAAGGGCUUUGGCAGAUCACCAGGGCCUUGAAGAGAUACAGUUUUUGUUCCAGUCUGGGCAACAAACCAAGAAAUCAUCAGUUUUUACCAUUCCAGAGAAGCAGGGGUUGCCAUAUUUUGGCAAGCGUAUUAUAAAGUACAGUAGUGAACCCUCAAUGCCUCCAUUUUCUCCUGAAUUUAGACCACCUUUUCCUAAGCUUACCAGAUCUGAUAGCCAAUGGAGGCGAAGACCGAACCAUUUUCAGAAUUCACUGUUUGGUAUCAUAUCAGCUGCAAAUUCUGCUGAGAGGGAUCGAAUUGCAGCCUCAGGAGGAUUUGCCAGUUUCCCAACUUCAAGCAGUACUUAUCCAGCCAGAGUGACUAUAAGUUGCCCAGAGAAAGGUGCAGUUGCUGGAAAGCUUGUUCCAUUGCCUAACUCACUUGAAGAACUACUCAAUAUUGGUGCCCAGAAAUUUAGUUUCUGUCCCACGAAAAUUCUAACCAAAGGAGGAGCUGAAAUUGAUGAUAUAGACCUUAUCAGAGACGGCGAUCAUCUAAUUCUUCUUGGUGACAAUUCAAAAAACCAAAUGGCUGAAGAACCAAGCAGUAACACUCAUGGUGGGUUGUAAAUUUUUCAUUCCAAAUGCCACUUGCAAAAUCUGAACUUGAGAAAUGUCUAGAUUAAGAUGGUUUCUCUCUUCUUUUACUU